CUCUCCCUGCCCCCCUCUCUGCACACAGAACCACACACGCACACCCCCCCUCCCCUGCCUCCCUCCCCGCGCGCCGCCCGCCCCGCCAGCCCCGCUCGCCCUCGCGCGCUCGGAAGGGAGUCGCGAGACGUCGGAGCGGCGGCCACGUAGCGCUGCGGCGGCGGCGGCGGCGGCGGCCGAGGCCGGGUCUGCGGAGCGGCCCUGAGGACAGACGUUGGGCAGGGGGGAGGGGCCGGCCCGGCCGGCGGUUGUUACUCGAGCGCCGCGGCUACAGGCCCCCCGCCGCAGGGAUGGACCGCCGAGGCGGCGGUCGGGGCGGCGGAGGCGGAGGCGGCCGGCCAGGACACCCUUCCCUUAGGAGGUUUCAGAUCAGCAGCUUCUACUCAAGGGAAACAGCACCUACUUUCUGCAACUGUGGCCUCAAGAUCUGAUGCGUGACACCCAGAGCUGUUUCCAUUUCUGCUCUCAGUAUGGGAAGUAAUCUCGUAGUGUGGUAAGAAAAUACUUUUCAAGUCUGUAGAAAAAAGUUGAUUAGUAAUGCUGAUGUGAUUUUGUUUUUGAAUGUCUGAAACCUUUCGAAGAAGCAAACUUGUAAAAGUGAACUGUUUAAAAAACAAAUCACCCUUUUCUCAAGAGUUUCAGAAAAUUUCACCAAAAUGUGAAUAUACUCUUGAGUUUCAUUUCCCUUGUUCUAAAAAGUCAGUUGAGAGACAACCAGAAGCAAAAAAGAACUCAACUGGAUUCUCUCGUAUUUUGAAUCAUAGCCUUUGGAACUAAAGGAGGUGACUGCAUUUCCUCGCCAGGAAUUCCUGAGUCUUACGCUACUGUUUUAGAUAAGAUGCUCCAAGUCACUUGCAGCUCUCUGCAAAAGGAAAAUCACUAGUGCUCUGCUCUUGCCAUAAUACCAAACCUUUUGACUUACGCAUUGGUGCUGCAACACACUGGAAGAAUUGCACACAGGUUCCAGGAAUACCUUUCCCCCCCGGUUUGAGUGAUUCUUCGUUGGAUGGAAAAAGAUUUGAGUCUUAAUAAUUACCCUGUUUUAAGCCUGUUCUCUAUAGUCUGAACUGCUUAAUAAAUUAGGCCACUUACUAAUGAGCCACACAGCCAGUUCUUGUCAGGAGCUGGUUGAAAACCGUGCUGUGCACGUAGCAGGAAUGGCACAAGAAGAUAGCCGUCGUGGUCAAGUGCCAUCUUCCUUUUAUCAUGGUGCCAACCAAGAACUCGACCUGUCCACCAAAGUGUACAAACGGGAAUCAGGAAGUCCUUAUUCUGUGUUAGUGGACACCAAGAUGAGCAAGCCACAUCUCCAUGAAACAGAGGAGCAGCCGUAUUUCAGGGAGACAAGAGCAGUGUCUGACGUGCACGGUGUUAAAGAAGACCGAGAGAAUUCUGAUGACACAGAAGAGGAGGAGGAGGAGGAAGUCUCCUACAAAAGGGAGCAGAUCAUAGUGGAGGUAAACCUUAAUAAUCAAACGUUAAAUGUGUCUAAAGGGGAAAAGGGUGUCUCUUCUCAGUCCAAAGAGACUCCUGUUCUUAAGACAAGCAGUGAGGAGGAAGAGGAAGAGAGUGAGGAAGAGGCCACGGAUGACAGCAAUGACUAUGGAGAGAAUGAAAGGCAGAAGAAAAAGGAGAAGACGGUGGAGAAGGUCAGCGUUACACAGAGGAGAACCAGGAGAGCUGCGUCUGUUGCCGCAGCUGCCACUUCCCCUACUCCCAGAGCUACGAGAGGUCGUAGGAAGAGUGUAGAGCCACCUAAGCGUAAGAAGCGGGCCACAAAGGAGCCCAAAGCACCAGUCCAGAAAGCUAAGUGUGAAGAGAAAGAGACUCUGACCUGUGAGAAGUGCCCCAGGGUGUUUAAUACUCGCUGGUACCUGGAGAAGCACAUGAACGUUACUCAUAGGCGCAUGCAGAUUUGUGAUAAGUGUGGCAAGAAGUUUGUCCUGGAAAGUGAGCUGUCCCUUCACCAGCAAACAGACUGUGAAAAAAAUAUUCAGUGUGUUUCCUGUAAUAAAUCGUUCAAGAAACUCUGGUCCCUUCAUGAACAUAUCAAGAUUGUCCAUGGAUACGCAGAAAAGAAAUUUUCCUGUGAAAUUUGUGAGAAGAAAUUCUAUACCAUGGCUCAUGUACGGAAACAUAUGGUUGCCCACACAAAAGAUAUGCCAUUUACCUGUGAAACCUGUGGAAAGUCAUUCAAACGCAGUAUGUCACUCAAGGUGCACUCCUUGCAGCACUCUGGAGAGAAGCCCUUCAGAUGUGAGAACUGUGACGAAAGGUUUCAGUACAAGUACCAGCUCCGCUCCCACAUGAGCAUCCACAUCGGGCACAAGCAGUUCAUGUGCCAGUGGUGCGGCAAGGACUUCAACAUGAAGCAGUACUUCGACGAGCACAUGAAAACACACACUGGAGAGAAACCCUUUAUCUGUGAAAUCUGUGGCAAAAGCUUCACCAGCCGCCCCAACAUGAAGAGGCACCGUAGGACUCACACAGGCGAGAAGCCCUACCCGUGUGACGUGUGCGGCCAGCGGUUCCGCUUCUCCAACAUGCUUAAGGCCCACAAGGAGAAGUGCUUCCGGGUGACCAGCCCCGUGAACGUGCCGCCUGCUGUCCAGAUCCCACUCACAACCUCCCCAGCCACCCCAGUUCCUUCUGCGGUGAACACCCCCACGACCCCCGCCCCUCCCGUCAGUGUGAACCCUGUCGGCACUCUGCCCCCCCGGCCCAUCCCGCACCCCUUCUCACACCUUCACAUCCACGCUCACCCUCACCACCCACACCACCUGCCCAUUCCCCCCGUCCCUCACCUCCCCCCGCCUCCAGCUCUCUUUAAGAGUGAGCCUUUAAAUAACAGAGGCCAGGGUGAGGACACGUUUCUGCGGCACCUGGCAGAGAAGAGCAGUGCAGCACAGCAUCACUAACAUCCAUCUCCUUAAGUGUGUUCUCCACGAGUCACGUGCCCCGGUGUGAGCUUGCAGAGAGGGGGUUGGUGAGCAUUUCUGUAGCUGUCAGACUCUCAGCCUCCACCAGGAGCUUUGUCAUUGUCUUGGUGAAUCAGCACAUCCGAGGGAGUGAACGAGAAGACCGUGAGCUCACGGAGGGAACUGUCAUCUAAACCAGGGAACCACCGAAGUAAAGCCCAAUUUGCUUGCAUUUUCUGGUGACUUUUAUAAAUUUCAAAUACUCAGACUUGUGGAAUUUUAUAAUUUCAUAUCAGCUGAUGAGGUAUGCUUGCUUUUAUAUCCUGGACUUCUCCUCAAAGAGGGGACAGGCCUGGUUUCCUUUGUACUAAUCGGGAAGGCUGUGAGAUUAAUCCAGAGCAUUAAUUGUAUCACUGUGUAUCAUAACAAAUUAUUUUCAGCUUUUGGUGCUGGCUUCAGAGUUGAGCUAGCUGUGUUUCACAGUAUAUCAAGCAUUAUAGAGAAAGACAGAAAUUUUCUUCUUUGUGUAGCUCUCCUAAUGCACUCUUUAUUUUACUACAGAAAUUAUUUUAGAGUUUUUGUAUAGACUUCUUUAGUAGUCUGUUUCUAAAAUGAAAUGUAUUUCAAUAAGCGGUGUAAUUUUUUCAGUGUAGCUGGACCUAUGUUGUAAAAUAGAAAAAAUUUUUAUAAUCAUCAAAAUGUGAUUCUUAAAGAUGCAUAUAACUUCUAUAGUUCAAAGUUAUUCUUACAUCCGUACAACUCAAAGGUGCUUCAGAAAGUAGAUGUAUCUCAGAGGGUCUCCAGACCAAGUUACUGCAAAAAAUGAGGUUUUGCUUUCAGAACUUGACGUAAGUCCUUGGUAGUUUUUUAAUCUCUGCUUAACACUUGGGGGGUCUGUUAGGCUUAUGGACAUGCUCUGUCCUCCAUGUUCUGUUUGGUUCAGUUAGUGUGUUAAAUGGAAUGAUUUGCAGGGGGUUGAGCCUUUUCCAGGGAAAUCACCUGAAGCUGGCCUGUUUUGAAAAUCUGAGUCAAGCUGUACACCAUCAAGAGGAGGAAGUUGGGGAGGCUGUUUCAGCUCAGUCACGUCUCACUUCCCUCAGAACUGUGUUCAGAUUCAACCUUGGUGGGAUGACAGAUUGAAGUCUCCUGCCACACUGCUCAUUUUGAGGUUGCUUUGUUUUUCUAGAAUUGUUGUGGAAAGAUAAAAUAGUACAUUAAAAUCAAAACAUGAUGUUGCUGAUAGUGGCUGAGAAAUUUGGAUAAGAACACAAAUGGGUUAUGACUUUUAAAAUGUCUCUUGUAUCAGUGGAUAUAGUCACAACUUCAAGCUGUUCAACACAGUUAAAAUUGCAGUGAGGGAAAGAAAGUGACAUUUUGCUGCCCUGUCCUCUGCAAGUAAUUACCUGGUAGCAGUCUUCUUGGUGAUAAGAAGAGCCAGUCUCUAAUUUGGGGCAGGUUUGGAAGCGUUUGGGUAACUUAUAAAGAGCAUGGUCAAUCGGGGGUUCAUUAUAGGAAAGGUUGAGAAGAAGGGCUAACAGAUUAUUUUUAACUGAUCACAUUUAUCCAGACUCAGUAUAGCUAAAAGUUUUGUAAUUUUUCAUGUCAAUGAACUGAGUUCCAGUGCAAAGUCUACUUUCUCUCUCUCUUCCUUCCUCAGUUUUUUUAAUCUUGAAAUUUCUUCAUUUUUCUUUCCUCGGGCUUUUAAAUCUUUGCGUGACUCGGAACCCUGACUUUUAUUUAUUUUUUAUUUUUAAUAUUAAGUGUGCAGAAAUAUUUGCAGCACUUUUCUGGCUUAUUAGCUCGGAAAAACUGUGGUAGGAAAAACUGGAACUCUCCAUUGAGUUUAAGUCCCUAUUUUUAAAAUAUUGCAUUCUCUGCUAGCUUUUUGGUUUAAUACUUCCAAAUUUUUUCUUUCUGAUUAUCGCCUUUGUCUUCUAUAGUGAGCAUAGCAAAAUUUGGAAGUGAGGCAAGAAAGUACCUUCAGUAUCAUACUUUUCUCCAUAUUUUUGGAUGUAACUUCUAAAGAAUGCUGUUUUAAAUGUUUGUAUACGUUCUUUGAACACUCAAGUACCCAAACCAAUAAGAAAAGCUAAUUCUUUAUUUAUGACUGCUCUAUCUUUAGUGGCUGCCUCCCCUUACUUCCACAAUUUCCAUUCCAUGACAAGUUUGUGGGUAUACACCUUUGUGUGGACAUACCAUUUUUUCAUGCCCAAGCUUAUAAUAUUAAAAUGAUUUUUAAGAUGUAAAUUGAGCUUAAUUAAUUGGUUAUACCUUAUUUUAUUCUAAAUAAAUUUACAGUAUUGGGCUGCAGUUCUGAAUUCUAACUGGAGACUUACAGAGUCAACCAUUUUAUGAGGUGUACUAUAAACUACACACUGGAAAAUUCAGGUAGUCAUAUUUCUUUUUUCAUUCAAGUGAAUAUAGCCAUAAGAAAAUAUCUGCUAUGUAGGAAAACCAAUACUAAGCAGAAGAAUCACUACCACCCUUAAUGGAAGCCAAAAAAAAAAGAUUAUCUUUUUUUAAAAAAUCAGCAUUGUUUUCACACAGUUCUUAGUGAAAUGUAUUAUGGAACAACCUGGAAACUUAAAUUUUUCCCCUAGUUAAGUAUAUCUUCCCUGAUUUGGGGUUUGUGGUCUUCAGGAAAACUGCUCGGAGCAUAUUGGCUGUUCAUCAGUGUCAGAUUACAUAUACCUAAUGAAAUGCAUUGAGAAUAUUCGUAACAGUGUUUCUGAAUAGAAGAACUGCAGGAUGAAGCCUUAAACAUUUAUGUGCAUCAGGUUUAACACGCUUAAGACUCAAACUCAGGGUUAAAAAUUUGAUUGGGAUCCUUUACUAAGAUAAAAGUUGUGUUGUGUGGUGUGUUCCCUCCCACCUAUAGUACAGCACCCUGUGACUUCUUCAGAAAUUAUUACCUAUUUGUUAUCUGUUUAUGAAAAAAAGAACUCUGGAGGAAUUUGAGUUCUCAGCCCUUAUCUGUACUUAAAUUUUAAAGACAACAAAGGCCACAUUUCAGCAUUAAUAUAGAUAUCAAAUUGAGGCUGUUUUUCAUGACUUCAAUUUUACUGUCUUCAAAGGCUUGUACCAUUGCUAGAAUUAAGACUUACUUAGAAAUUCCCAACUUGAAUUGAUAAAUUGCUUUUUAAUUUACUUUUUACAUUUUUCUAUUCUUUCACGUAGAUUUGUCAUUCAAAUAUAAACUCUUCCUUAUCCUUAAUGAAAGGCUGCUUGUUGCUUUCUCAAAUUGAGAGGGGCAGGCUUAUACAGAGUUAGAUUUUUUCCAUUUGAAUGAAGAAAAUAAGAUGAGCAGUUUAAAGCAUGUGGCUUCCUUUCCAUGCAUAUUUGUGAUUUGAUUCCUAUUUUUAGCAGGCAGGGAAGUCUCCACAUAAAACUUCGCUACAUAGUUCACAGUAGCCUUUACAAAUCAGUUACGUAUACUUUUACAGUCUACCAUUUACAUUUUCUGUUCUAAAUUAACGACAACAUGGACAUUACCAUAGUCAUACCAUCUUUCUUAAACCAACAUUGAUUGGAAGAACAUUUUCAUUGUGGUUAGAAUGUUCCCUAUAUACACUCUAUAUGUGUGGUUGAUUGUCCCUUGUAUUCUAAAGGCAAAAUACUCUGAAGAGAUGCUUGUAAACUUUUUAUUUUCUAUUUCUUGACUUUUUUUUUCUUUCAGUUUUUAUGUUUGUUGAAUGGCUUGUUUAGUUUAAUUUUUAUUUCACUGGAAAUUUUAAGAAAAUCAAGCAGAAACAGAAAUUCAUUGCAGAUGUGUGUGUAUAUAUAUAUGUGUGUGUCUGUGUGUGUAUUUACCACAUCUUAAAGAUUUCAGUCAGUGAAAUACAGAAUGGUGGGUGGGAUUUUAAUGUCUGAAAAAAGAGAGAGAAACUAAAGUUAGAGAAACCUUUCUGUUUGAGCUACUGUAUAGAAGAGACGACUUUUAUUAUUAUGUUGCUGACCAACAUGAUGAACAUUUUGAUGCUAUUCCAGAUGGUAUGGGAAGUAUUUGAUGAAAAAGGGAUAAAUUACAUUUAGGAAUUUUAUGAACUAUGUCCCAUUACAAAAAUCAACUCACUUGGAUUUCUUCAGACUAUUAAAAUUGAGCAAGUAAAUAUUGGGUUUUAAUUUUCCUUUGCCUGAACCAAGAUAGGAAAUUUCCCAAAAGAUCUUUCUUUCUUUCUUUUUUUUCAGGAAUGAAAGGUCAGCCAUUAAGAGAUACUGGCAUUAUUAUGUACUAGCAACACCCUAGCUAACCUGCUUCUGUCAUCUGUAGCAUUUGUGACAAAUAACAAUGACCUUCCAACCCUGGACACUACCUCGAUAAAGCAAACCAGAGAUCCUCUCUAGACUUUCUAUGGAAGCCAUAAAAGUUGCCAUCAAGAUAUCUACUUUCAUAGUUCUGUACUUUUAUACUCUCUGGACUUUUUAUAGACUUUGUGAUCAGAUCUUUUUGUCUUAGAGGAUAGGUUUUGCAGUAUUCAAAGGAAAAUCACACUCCUUGAUUGUCCCAGCUUUGAAGCUGUAACUCAGUACUUUUGUUUAAAGAAUUAGAUAGUAUACCAUUUAUCAUUUGCAGAAUUGCAUAUCCAGAAAACAAACUUCUCUUCCUUAUCCCCUAAGUAGAAGCUAUACUAUUGUCAGAAACUACUUACAAAGUGGAUUUCAACCUUGUUAUACUCUGUGUAUAACUUGGUAAUAUAUGUAUUGUCACAGUGCUCCUGGAGUUGUUUUCAAUCUUCUUACGACAGAUUAGUGAGUGUCCAUCUCUCUGAUCUCUCUCACUGCCACUUCAGUCCCUCUCACUCUGUUCUCGAGUGCCUUCAAAAAGCCAGCAUCCUGGAACAUUCUUUUCCUGAUCUGAAUCCUACCUCUGAAUAUUUCAUCCUCCACGACUAUUGGAACGCACCUAUAUUCCAGUUGAUUUGUCUCUACCAGCUUGCUGAAACCUUGGGUGUGAAUUUUUUAUACAUUUCUGUUUUGUUCCCCCAUUUAGAUUACACUUUAAACUUUUAUUUAUAUCUUGUUUCUCCAUGUAUUACAUCUCUAAUGAUGAAAUAUUUUAUCCUUAUCUUACUCCUCAUGUGUUUUUCACCAGAAACUAGAUGUUCCUUUCAAAUUAAAGGUCAUUAAGUAUCUCUUCUGAACAUCUUUUUCUCAUCUUAGUCUUCCUGAAUGCCUCCCCUUUCUGAGUAAGGGAUCAUGAAUGCUGCUGUUGCUAUGCCCUCUUUCUAUGUGCUCGCUCUCUUCUAGAAACAUUUUGCAAGGUUGUACUCAUAAUUUUAUUUUAGUCUAAUUUCAAAUUGCUCUCUGGGUUUAUCAGAAGUCCCUUACUGAUUUUUGAUCUGCCUCUUAUCCUAUCCCUCAAAAACUUCCAGUUACUUUCUCUUCUACUGUUCUCAUCUAAUUAAUUUUUAAAAUAUUGUUGAUACGUAAUAUAUGAAGGAUGUAAUAAGAAGGAGGUUUCUUUGUAUUCUCCAUGUGAUAUGAGCACCUUAUUGAUAAAAACAUUUUUAGUCAUUGGCUCACCUUUCACGGUCAACACUGUAGUUUGUGCUGUGUACAGGUCUCUUGCUCCCUUUCAGUUCUCCUCCGAAACUGAAAACAAAUUCAAUUCUUUCAAAUAAGGAAAUUAGAUUGCUUUUUUUUUUUAAGUAAAAGAAGGCUGUUAAGUUGAGUAUAUUGGCCUUAGUCAAAAUCUUUCCUUUCUGACUUGAAAUGUCAUGUCUCUUUCCUUAAAGUUAAUAAUUCUAAUACUCAGGUUUUCAAGACUAACUAAUAUCCACAUGAAGUGGGAGUCUAAGAAGGCAGCUGUUUAUAAAUUCUUACUGCUUUUUAUCUGGUGACAGUAUGUUAUUGAUGGGGUAGUGCAAAAUUGUGAGAAUGCUUAUGUUUGGUAAUGAAUAUGUUCUAGACAUUUGAAGAUUUCAAUGGCUAUUUUGAAUGGGAAUACUAGUUUCCGAAAUGCAAAAAGUUGAUUUCUACAGAAAUAAGUAACAAAAGUUUCUUGUUGUUUUAAAUCUUUUUACUUUGCUAUGCCUUGGUAGUCCCCAUUAUUGACCUAGAAGUUUGCCUCUUUUAUGUAGUAACUUUCUACUGAAAGCAACCACUCUGUAUAUCUGGCUUUUCUCCUGGGACUCUCAGGCAGUACAGCAGUGGCAGCGAUGGGGGGCUCACACUGAGGAGCCACAUCCCUGAGACAGACUUGACUUGUUUCAUGUCCAUGUCUGUGUGAGACAUUUGGCACAGGUAGCUAAGGAUCUUUGCCCCGGAGAAGUGUCACCUCCACUUUCUAGUUUCACACUAUCUGAGCUUCCCUGAUGAGAUCCGGGAUGUUACAAAUUACUUGAAAAUGAUUUGGGGGACAGGGCAAGAAGGGGUAGGAGCUGAAUUUUCCUUCCAAACUUGGAAGGAAGUCUGGUACUUGUGUUGUUGGGUUUGGUCAACCAAAGAGCCUGUCUCUGUAGUGGAUGCGCCAAAGAGUCCCAUUGUUUCUAAAUAUCCAGCUCCCUUGACAAACACAGCUUCCUUCUUAGCUGCCUUUUACGGGUGGAAAGGGACACUGUGAUUGCAAGGCCAGAGACUCCAACUCACUUUCUGCAUAGGACUUGAGGCUAUGUUUAACUGCAUUUGAAAGCUCAUGGGGAAAUACUUGACUCUCUUAGAAUCUCUAACUUGACCUAGAAAUACCUUUUCUAUGCUUGAUCAUUCAACUCCUGAGACUUUUUCCAAAAGUGAAAAGAAAGAAACUAUGUGGCAUAAUUUUGGUGUCUCCUGCUAGAGUUGUAUCCCCAACCAUACAUAUGCAGCCUCAGAUGAAUUCUAAAUCUUAUGCAAGUUUGAGUAUGCCUUUUCCUCUUUUCUUGACACGGGCAGUUUGAUUCUGCUCCACCAGCAGUACUGGCUUUGUCCACAAGGGAGCAACAAAAUACUUCAGCUUCUUUAUUCUCACCUUCUAAAGCAACGUCCCACUUUAAAGUCUCUUACAGAAUAUCCUUUCUUGACUCAAUAUUUGUUUUCAGAUCUUGGUUUUCAAGACAUUUCCCCAUAUUACUAAGUGCUCAGCCUUAUGGAAACAAAGGUUGAUGUGUGGGUCAGGUGUCGUUGUGGGUCAGGCAUCUGAAUCGAAAGCCAGAACCUUCCCUUGAGAGGGAUCUGUCCUGUGCUAAAUGCAAAGCAGGAAGGCCACCCUCCUUACUACUGCCUCCCAAAUCCCACCACCAGUGCAGGGCCAUCACGCCUCUAAGAAGAAGAAGAGCGGCAGGGAUAACUAGAGUACGAAUGAGGAAAUGCUUCUUACCUUCUCUGCUCCGAGCACAUGUCUGUUAUAGCAGGGAGCACGUCAUCAGGGUCAGCUCUGCAUCCUGACCUGGGGGAGGUCUGCUACGGCUUCCACUCCGCCCAGUUAGAGUUCAGCUCAAGUCCCCUCUGUGUCAAUUAUUUGUCUUCAGGCUCCUAAUCCUCGUCAGCUCUCUGAUCACACGGUUUGUUUGUGCUUAUAGCGGCGUCUUCCUCACAAGACGCAGGUCAGUUAUCAACCAAGAGGAAACCCCAGACCCUAACUAUUUAGCCUGUAGAAGUGGGAGGUGUUUGCACCUGAAAUGGCCUUCCAAACGGGUGUCUGCCUGGCCCUUCUUCCCCAGCCAAAUCUGACCCUGAGCACUAUAGGUAGACAGAGGCAUCUGCUUGUAACUCCAUUUGAUGAAAAAGAGAACUGAAGCUGUGAUUGGUUUAGGUAACGGGGCCAGGUGUGACUUGUUUGUCUUUAUUUUUUGUUUUCCCUGACAGUACUGAAAUCACUUGCACUUUUCCUCAUUUCUUAAAGAAAAAAUCCAGUUGGCUUGCCAGGAGUUGUUCAGCGUUAGGUUUACAGAGCUUGUUGUUGAAUGUUGAACAUUUGUCCAAAGGAGUUUGACGAAACAGAAGCUGCUUGGUCCCUGUUCUGCCUGCUAGGUCAUAAGGAUUAAGGCCAUGUGGCUGGGGUACUUGUGUCAAGUCCAGAAGAGGGCAGAGUCCCUCUCCUACCUCUAUGAGGAUGCAGUCGAAGGUCAAGUUGGACUCAUGUAGGGCAGGUACCUCUCAUGCUGCAAAGAAGUUUAGAGGAGUCUUCAGUUGGGGAGGUGACAGGUAAUGGGACAGGAUCUCAUAAGAUGGGAAAGACCCUGGGGAGGGAGAGCUGCUCGGCCCCAGGGAAUCCUGGUGAGGGGGAACCAAGCUUCCCUCCCACGUCUCCAAACGUGCCCAGCUUCCCGGAGUCCUCUGUAUUCCAGCAUCCUGUCAGAUCCCUCAAUGUACUGAUUCCCCCCCGCCUCGUGUUAACUAUACCAAUAUUAUUUUUUUAGCAAUUGAAAUGCACUUUUUUUAUUUCAACUCAAUCAUGAUUUUAAGUAUAAAAAUUUAUAGACUGUUAAAACUACUUUUUUGUGUAUUUUUAACCACUUGAUGUAGCAUUGUCUAUUUUAUUCUUGUGAGACUCUGGUACAAGGUGUGCCAUUUCAUGAUAUUUCCAAGAUGCUGGGCCUUUGGAUGUGUACGGUAACCAAUUUAAUGCUAAUGUUCACAGUAAAAGAAAAAAAAAGUAGCCAUA